GAUGGCUUGAAUUCUUUGGUCCUUGAUCUGGAUUAUCCAGCACUGAGGAAGAACAAGAACAUCGAUAAUUUCCUAAAUAGAUAUGAGAAGAUUGUGGAAAAAAUCCGAGCUUUACAAAUGAAAGCUGAAGACUAUGAUGUUGUUAAGGUGAUUGGAAGAGGGGCUUUUGGAGAAGUGCAGCUGGUUCGCCAUAAAAUGACACAGAAGGUUUAUGCAAUGAAGCUACUUAGUAAAUUUGAAAUGAUCAAGAGAUCAGAUUCAGCCUUUUUCUGGGAAGAAAGAGAUAUCAUGGCCUUCGCCAACAGUCCGUGGGUGGUUCAGCUAUUUUGUGCCUUUCAAGAUGACAAAUACUUGUACAUGGUAAUGGAAUACAUGCCAGGUGGAGAUCUUGUAAACCUUAUGAGCAAUUACGAUGUGCCUGAGAAAUGGGCCAAGUUCUAUACAGCUGAAGUUGUUCUUGCUCUUGAUGCAAUUCACUCCAUGGGCUUGAUACACAGGGAUGUGAAGCCUGACAAUAUGCUUUUAGAUAAAUAUGGGCAUCUGAAGCUGGCAGAUUUUGGCACUUGCAUGAAAAUGGAUGAAACAGGUAUGGUGCGCUGCGACACGGCCGUGGGCACCCCCGACUACAUAUCGCCCGAAGUGCUGAAGUCCCAAGGGGGUGACGGCUAUUAUGGACGGGAAUGCGACUGGUGGUCUGUGGGAGUUUUCCUCUUCGAGAUGCUGGUUGGUGAUACUCCUUUUUAUGCAGACUCACUAGUAGGAACAUACAGUAAAAUUAUGGAUCAUAAGAACUCAUUACAUUUCCCAGAUGAUGUGGAAAUCUCUAAGCAUGCAAAGAACCUUAUCUGUGCCUUUUUAACUGAUAGGGAUGUGCGACUUGGGAGAAAUGGGGUAGAAGAAAUAAAGCAUCACCCUUUUUUCAAGAGUGAUCAGUGGAACUGGGACAACAUUCGAGAAACUGCUGCUCCUGUUGUUCCUGAGCUUAGCAGUGAUAUAGAUAGCAGUAAUUUUGAUGACAUUGAGGACGACAAGGGAGACGUGGAAACCUUUCCAAUCCCUAAAGCCUUUGUGGGAAACCAGCUGCCUUUUAUAGGAUUUACCUACUACAGAGACAAUUUGUUGCUAAGUGACUCCUCUCAGUCUUGCAGAGAAAAUGAAUCUGUGCAAUCUAGUAAAAAUGAGGACAGCAAGGAGUUUCAGAAAAAGCUAAGCAAGCUAGAAGAACAGCUCAGUAACGAAUUGCAAGCCAAAGAUGAACUAGAACAGAAGUACAGGUCUACUAAUACUCGUUUAGAGAAGAUAGUGAAAGAGCUAGAUGAAGAGAUAACUUCAAGGAAGAAUGUAGAGUCUGCAGUCAGACAGUUAGAAAGAGAGAAGGCACUUCUUCAGCAUAAGAAUACAGAAUACCAGAGGAAAGCAGAACAUGAAGCAGAUAAGAAACGCAAUUUGGAAAAUGAGGUUAACAGUUUGAAAGACCAGCUUGAAGAUUUAAAAAAGAGGAACCAGAACUCUCAAAUAUCCAAUGAGAAAAUCAAUCAACUACAGAGACAGUUGGAUGAAGCCAAUUCUUUGCUGCGGUCAGAGUCUGAUACUGCAGCCAGGUUAAGGAAGAACCAGACAGAAAGCACAAAGCAAAUCCAGCAGCUGGAAGCUAAUAAUAGAGAACUACAAGAUAAGAACUGCCUGCUAGAGAAUGCAAAACUCAAACUGGAGAAGGACUUUCUCAAUCUUCAGUCAGCUCUAGAAUCGGAAAGGAGAGAUCGAAGUCAUGGAUCAGAGAUUAUCAGUGAUUUACAAGGUCGAAUAUCUAGCCUUGAAGAAGAAGUGAAAAAUGGUAAGAGUGCAUUAGCCAAACUGGAAAUGGAGAAGAGACAAUUGCAGGAAAAACUUACAGAUUUAGAAAAGGAAAAGAGCAACAUGGAAAUAGAUAUGACAUAUAAAUUCAAAGUUAUGCAGCAGAACCUUGAACAAGAAGAAGCUGAACAUAAAGCCACAAAAGCAAGAUUAGCAGACAAAAAUAAGAUCUAUGAAUCUAUAGAAGAGGCAAAAUCUGAAGCCAUGAAAGAAAUGGAGAAGAAGCUUUUGGAAGAGAGAGCUCUAAAGCAGAAAGUGGAAAAUAGGUUGUUAGAAGCUGAAAAGCAGCGCUCCAUGUUGGACUGUGAUCUCAAACAAUCACAGCAGAAAAUCAAUGAGCUCCUUAGGCAGAAGGAUCUACUGAAUGAAGAUGUAAAAAACCUAACAUUAAAAAUAGAGCAAGAAACACAAAAGCGCUGUCUCACUCAAAAUGACCUCAAGAUGCAAACGCAGCAAGUCAACACCUUGAAAAUGUCAGAGAAGCAGCUAAAACAGGAAAAUAACCAUCUUCAGGAAAUCAAAUUAAGUCUGGAAAAACAAAACAAUGAGCUCCGCAAGGAACGUCAAGAUGCAGACGGACAAAUGAAAGAGCUUCAAGACCAACUUGAAGCUGAACAGUAUUUCUCUACUCUGUAUAAGACACAAGUUCGAGAACUUAAAGAAGAGUGUGAGGAAAAGACCAAACUUUGUAAAGAAAUGCCACAAAAGAUACAAGAGUUACAGGAUGAGAGAGAUUCCUUGGCUGCUCAGCUAGAGAUUACUUUGACAAAGGCAGAUUCAGAACAACUUGCACGUUCCAUUGCUGAGGAGCAGUACUCUGAUUUGGAAAAAGAGAAGAUAAUGAAAGAGCUGGAGAUUAAAGAGAUGAUGGCUAGGCAUAAACAGGAACUUACUGAGAAAGAUGCCACCAUAGCCUCUCUGGAGGAAGCAAAUAGGACACUAACUAGUGAUGUGGCUAAUCUUGCUAAUGAGAAAGAAGAACUAAACAAUAAACUGAAGGAAGUGCAAGAACAAAUUACAAAGCUAAAAGAAGAAGAGGCAAAUGUAGGAAAUAUUAAAGCACAAUUUGAGAAACAGCUGUUGAAUGAAAGAACAUUGAAAACCCAGGCUGUCAAUAAAUUGGCUGAGAUAAUGAAUCGGAAGGGUCCAGUCAAACGUGGAGCUGACACUGAUGUACGGCGCAAGGAGAAGGAGAACAGGAAACUGCAUAUGGAACUGAAGUCUGAACGAGAAAAGUUAACCCAAAUGAUGAUCAAAUAUCAGAAGGAAAUCAACGAAAUGCAGGCACAAAUAGCAGAAGAGAGUCAGAUACGGAUUGAACUCCAGAUGACUCUGGACAGCAAAGACAGUGACAUUGAACAGCUUCGUUCACAGCUGCAGUCAUUGCACAUUGGUCUGGACAACAGUAGCAUAGGUAGUGGGCCUGGAGAUGCUGAGGCAGAUGAUGGAUUCCCUGAAUCAAGAUUGGAAGGCUGGCUAUCGCUGCCUGUUAGAAAUAACACUAAAAAAUUUGGAUGGGUAAAGAAGUAUGUAAUUGUAAGCAGUAAGAAGAUUCUGUUCUAUGACAGCGAACAAGAUAAAGAACAAUCUAAUCCCUAUAUGGUAUUAGAUAUAGACAAACUCUUCCAUGUCCGACCAGUCACUCAGACUGAUGUGUACAGAGCAGAUUCCAAGGAAAUUCCUAGGAUAUUCCAGAUUCUAUAUGCUAAUGAAGGAGAGAGCAAAAAGGAACAGGAAUUUCCUGUGGAACCCAUGGGGGAGAAGUCAAAUUACAUUUGUCACAAAGGACAUGAGUUUAUACCUACUCUUUAUCACUUUCCAACCAAUUGUGAAGCUUGUAUGAAGCCACUGUGGCAUAUGUUUAAACCUCCUCCUGCUCUAGAAUGUCGCCGUUGCCAUAUCAAGUGUCACAAAGAUCACAUGGAUAAAAAAGAAGAGAUUAUAGCACCGUGCAAAGUAUACUAUGAUAUUUCAACGGCAAAGAAUCUACUACUGUUAGCUAAUUCUACAGAAGAACAGCAAAAAUGGGUGAGCCGACUGGUGAAAAAAAUACCCAAGAAGCCUCCAGCACCAGACCCCUUUGCUCGAUCUUCUCCCAGAACUUCCAUGAAGGUACAGCCAAACCAGUCCAUCAGACGACCAAGUCGACAGCUUCCUCCAAACAAACCAAGCUAACUGCUUUCCAUGAAUGCAGAUACGAUUCAAGGUGAUAAUUUCCUUCCCGUUACAGCAAGACUGAAACAUAUCCCAAAAUAUAUUAAAAAUAUAUUUUUUCCUGAGAGAUUGUGCUAUAUAUAUCAGAGGUUUACAUUUUUGCUGCAAUAUAAAUUACUAACUAAUCUCUGAGGGUUUUCCUGCAUUCUCCUGAGUGACUGAUCAAAUGAGGAAUGGUUGGUAAAUAGUAAAAGGAUAUGUUAGGUAACCUUUGAAACUCUGUUCCACAAAAGCUUCCUUGGCAAGACACACACACUACAUUUCAUAAAAGGAUCAAGAGGAAUGAAUAUUAAAAUGGAAGAAACUGACUUUUCAGCUUUUGUAAAGAUGCCACCAGCAUGCCCACAAGAAGAACAGGAGGAAGAUCCACCACGGUGAUAUAGACUGCAUCUGUAAGAAGUGACCAUUAUACUGUGUAUAUAUAUUGUACUGUAAUACUGCAAGAGGGUUUUAAAAAUCUUUCCACUUUAUUUUUUUAUGCUUAUUAAUCAGAUACCGUUACUUACUGCAGUUGCAACUAUGCACUUGUAUAAAGCCAUAAUGUUGAAGUUCUAUCAUUCAUACACGUC